AUGGAACUUCCCGACUUCUCAAGUCUUUGGGAGGCCAGUAGUACACUUGAAAAACUGGAGCAGAGUCUUCGUCUCGAUACCUCGAGAAAUUCACGCGGUGCCAGACAAAAGAAUCGCCAACGUCCCAUUGACACCUACUACAGCGACGGGAUUUGUGGGGUGUCGUUCGGCAUCGUCAACCCGGAAUUCUCGAACCCCCUCAAAACCUGCUGUGAUCAGCACUUCUUCACUGAGGAGGAAUACGACCGUCAUCGGGCAGAGCACGUGCCCUGCACUGAAGCGGGCUGCAGUCUUGUUCUCCACCCGAGUAUCCUCAAAUUCCACAUCGAGACGGUCCACGCCAAAGAGGACUUGUACGCCCGCCUGCGACCAGCCCUCGAGGGGGACAAGUCGCUCACGCACUGGAUAGAAUCACGACGAAAAAAUUAUCCAACAUUUGAACGCGUUCAGGCAAAAAUUCGUGAGGUCGGUUACCGGAUCGAUCGGGGACAGGUCCUGGUGACGCGCCAGUUUGGCUCGCUCAACGCCCGCAAACCGCAGGAGUUGCGGCCACCUGUCGGCCAAGGUAACAAACAAAGAAGACGAAGAAAAUCCUCUUCCCCGGAGACAGUGGCGUCCAAACGGCCGGACGAAGCACACACCCCACAGUCUCCGCCGCCGUCUGUACAACACGGUGAUCUGCCUGCGACGACCGCGGCAUCAGACGAGGUUGCCUUGGUGGUGGAGCAAACCCCGUGUCCUCGAGGUGACUCAGAGGCAGCAGAGGAAAAGGCGGAUGGGCUGGAGUCAGCAGCUGAGCCUCCGCCGGUCGGCAACCUCGUCCAGUCUCCCGUUGAACCGCCCAAGGUGAGCCUUCUGUCACGUCUGCAGUCUGUCCAGCCAAAAAACACAAGCCUCGGUGAUGAAUCGGUUCAACCAAAGCCGUCCAACAAACCCAACCUCAAUGAACAGGACAGAAAGAAUCGAAUACCCAAAAAGCGUCGACAACGGCGUGCCAAUGGCAAAAGGAAGCACUCCCGUCAAAAUGUCGAUAGCGACAAAGAGGGAGGACUAGGUGACCUCUUAGGAGACGAAGCGGAGUCAAAGUCGGGUGCGGGGGUGUUUGCGUCGCAUCCCGUUGUCCAGAUGUACUCAAAACGGCGUGCGUGCAUGCGCAACUACGAGACGAUCAACAAACGACCGACCCUCCUGCAAAUG